AUGGAAAUAAAAAAUUUAUAUUCCUUAACAAAACCCAUACCAAUAGUAAAAAUUUAUGUAUUCCCUGCCAAUCAAAUCUUAAAAAACAAAUGGUUUGAUAUUUUUUUAAAAAAGAUAAAAACAAAAAAUAAAAAUAAUCAUACAGGUCGUUAUGCCUGUAUUGGAGCUUGUACUGAUAAAGAUCCAGAUUUUUAUAAAAACUGUCAAACAGUAAAUGGACCAUAUUGUAAAAAAGUAUUAGACAGAUGUGAUAAAGAAUGUGCAAAAGUUCCAUUUUAA